UCAUUCAGUUGGGAUGCCUUUGAGAAAUUGGCAUGGCAGCCCUCCCUCAAGGCCUCAAGGUCUCAACCCUCACGCGGCAGGAAACCCUUACCCUACAGGCUCGAAAGCCGGCAAGCAUUAAAAUACAACUUCUUGUCUUUUUCUCCAUCAAAUGUCCCUGCUUCCCGGCAAAUGUUUUCUUUCAGCGGAUACGGAAUUUCUAUUCUCCAAAUUUAUAACUCUUUUUAGCUCUUCUCGUCCAUUGGAUUGUUCAUUUGUUUUCCUUUUUUUCAAAAUUGCUUAAUUUUAUGCAAUUUUAAUUUCAGUGUUGUAAUUGGUGGAAAAAGACAAAAUUUAAACAUGGCCCAUGCAGGUCUCGAACCUGCGACCUUCGCGUUAUUAGCACCACGCUCUAACCAACUGAGCUAAUAGGCCAGAUUGAUAGGAGGUGAUUAUUCAACCUUACUAGUGAGGUAUUUCAAGUGAAAUGGCAAAGGGAAAGCAAAGCAGUGUGAAUGGGAGGAAGAAUUUAACUGUUAGGAAGGAAAUGAUGAUGAAGGGAGGUCAGGAAUGCCGUUCAAGCUCAUCCUGUGCAGCCUGCAAAUCGCUGAAGAGGAGAUGCAGCCCUAAUUGUAUAUUUGCGCCUUAUUUCCGGGCUCACGAAGCGCGCAAGUUUGCAAGAGUCCACAAGGUUUUCGGAGCAAGCAACGUCAGCAAGAUACUUGCAGAGGUCCCGGAGGAGCAUCGAGAGGACACCGUCAAUUCGUUGGCUUACGAGGCAGAGGUGAGGCUCAGGGACCCUGUCUACGGUUGCAUAGGUGCCAUCGCUCUCCUACAAGCCCAAAUGCUUCAGCUCCAACAUGACCUCGCCAUUGUUAGAGCCCGUCUGGCUCGCUACAACGCCGCCACCAGUCGUGCUGUACCUGUACCCCUCCUCCCAGCUGCAGCUCUCCCCGGUUUUCCUAUUUCAGAUGCAAUGAGGUCUCAGACCCUUCUUCAAGGUCACAGAUCCUUGUGUACUCAAGAAUACCAGCAGCAGAAUGAAAAGGGAGAUGAUUUUCAAUGAUCCUUUCUCUCUCUCUCUCUCUCUCUAGGAUGAAGUAAAUUAAAUCGACUGCUGUUGUGAGUGAGACAGGUGUGUUUUCUUUUAAUUUGCCAUCCACAUUGCGUACUGCCAUUGUAGAGCGUAUCUAGUAUUGAGAGUAGAUUUGUAGAGCCAUCACAAAAACUAUCAAGCUUUCAGUUUGGGGGUCAUUCAA